AUGUCGAAUCAAAGUUAUUAUGAACGCUGGAUAAAAAUUAAACAAGAAAUUCAGAAAAAUAUAUCUGAAGAUGAAAACUUGCAAGAGUUGGCUGCGGCAUUUGUAGGAAUCAAGCCUCAAGGAAACGCUGUUGAAAUUGUAGCUAGGGUUUACUGUAAAUAUUGUGAUAUAUACAAUAAAUUGUGCGAUUGUUACGACCAAAUGGAACAAAUUCAAAGAAGACCUUUUAUAAAGAAGAUAAUAAAUACGGUUACUUGUCGACUUCUUGAGUUAAAAGCGACAUUAGAAGAGAUAGAGGUUUUUGAGUAUACUUAUCCAGAAAAUGCACUACAACAAAUGCUUAUGGUUCCUCAAGAUAUUCAAAUUUUAUGUCCUUUUCAUUACUCAUUUGAAAUCAGGCAGGAGGAAAUGCAAUAUAUUAUUGAUCAAAUUUUUGCUGGUAAUCGAAUAGGAGAUCCCACUCCCACAGCAUCCGAGAUAGAACGGCAAGAACAAUUACAAUUAGAAGAAGAGGAGAAAAUACGCAUGGAAAAAGAAGCUGAAGUGAAAAGAAAAUUGGCUUUAGGUGAGGAAAUAUCCGUUUCUGAAUCCAUAGAAUUAUCACCUCAAGAUUUGGAAGAAUUACGAUUCCAGCAAGAAUAUAAUGGCCAUAUCUUAAAUAUGCAACGAAUGGAACGUUCAAGAUAUACAAUAUGGGAAAGAACACAUAUAUUUAACAAAGACAACGACUUAUAUCUCGAACUUGCUGGUCUUAAAGCCAAACCAGCAAGUGAAUACCUUAGGACCAGGGCAGCUGCAUUUAUUCAAAAAGUUUACAGGAUAUUUAUGAAGCUUAAACGAGAACGUAAUAAAGAAAAUAAGUUAAAAGAGAAACUAAACAUGAUUAUACCAUCUUGGUCUCCACAAUCAGCUAAAGUGCAACUAGAAAAAAUACAAGAAGAACGUCGAAAUUUCCGACGUAAAUAUUAUGAAGAUUGGCUUCAAGAGAACCUUAAAGAAAAAAAUCGAGUAUUUAGACUGAGAGAAGGCGACGUGAUAGAGGACAUAUCUGAUGAAAUAAGGCAAUGGCUUCGCGAUUGGUACAAUCAAGUAAGAAUAUUUGAUGAAUAUCCAUGGCCUGAGGAAGGAGGAUCUAUACUCAUCGUAAAAGGUGAAACAUUUACUAUAGAAGAGUAUAUAGAGUGGCGAACUGAAGAAGAAAAGAGACUAAAAGCAGAAGGCGCCCAAAAAUCAAAAGAACAAAUAAAGGCGGAGAAAUUAGCAGCUCGCGAAGAAGAAAAAAGGCUAAAGUUAGAAGCAAAACUAAGAGAAGAAAAACGUUUACUUGAUUAUAAAAAAUCACGUCUUAACCCUGAUAAUGACCCUGGAGUUUAUAUAACAGUCGGUAAUAAUAUUGACCAAGUACGUGAAGCUUGGGAAGAGUAUCAAAAUCAAUGGAAAGAUUUAGAUACAAGAGAUGCGUCCUUAGAUGUCACAAGAGGCUAUAUGUUAAAGCUUAUAACUGAAAAUGCAUAUCAAGACCUUCAGUUUGAACUGCGUCCUAUUGUAGACGAAAUGAUGAGAAUCGAAUUAAACAUGCUUAAAAAUUCAUUAAAAAUAGAUUACCAGGCAGCCGGCAUUUUAAAACCCCCGCAAAGUAGAAAAAGAAAGAGACCAAAGAAAGUAAAGCCACCUAAACCAGAAAAGGUACCCCCUGCGACUAUGUUUCAGAGUUUAGUAGACGAAGGUAUAAUAAAGAAAUAUCCACCAAUUACUUUUAAUGAAUACUGGGGAGAUCAGAAUUACGCUGCAGCAGACAGUCGUGCGAUUUUAUGGACUCCGGCAUUUCCACCGCCAUGUAUAGGUGAUGUUAAAGAACAAGUAAGAUUACGUUGUCUUUUGACACUUGGUUCCUCAUGCCCUAAUGCUAACCGAUCUCAGUUAAUAGUAGGGCCUAAAGGUUCUGGUAAAAAAUCUUUAAUAUACGCAAUUGCCACAGAAACAAACUCCAUUAUUAUUGAUUUAUCUCCAAUGAACGUAUAUGAUAAGUAUCCAGGGCCAAAAAAUUUGAAAACUAUGUUCACAUACGUCAAUAGAAUAAGUAGGCUUAUGCAACCUACCAUAAUUUUCGUUGACAAUGCUGAUAAGAUUUUCUGCAAGAAAGUACCAAAGGAAGAAAAAAUAUUUGAUCCUAAACGACUUCAACAGGAUUUUUUUAAAGAGAUAAUCAAACCUAUAAAUGCUAGUGAGGAUAAAAUAUUAGUUUUAGGAACAGCUAUGGAACCAUGGUUAGCAAAAAAUGCACAAAUGUACAAAGCAUUUCCAUCAUUGAUUCUUAUGCCAAGAUCGGACUAUGGAAGUAUAUCGUACAUAUUAACCAAAACAUUGAUGAAGUAUCACGGUAUAAGCCGCGAAUUUAAUGUCCAUUGCGUAGCUCAAGUCUUAAGAGGUUACGAUAUAAGCUCGAUAAGAAAAGCUAUAGAAAAGUUGCUCGACCCAAAAAGAGUGGCUCAGUUGUAUUACAAGCCAUUAGACCCAGAAGAAAUUAUUAGUGCUGUUUUAGAGUGUGAAGGCGUGGUAUACACGGACGAUGCAGAUUAUGAUAUGUACAAAAAGUGGUAUGAAUCUUACUCACCAUGGGGAAAGAAGUACUUAGAUUACAUGCAAAUGCUCGAUUCCCAACUAGUCUAUAAAUUAAAGGCAGAUAAAAAGAAGAAA